AUGGCGAGAAAUCUCAGCACUCUGCCGACCUACCUCACCCGCCUCUUCAGUCUGGCGGGCAGAACAGCAGUUGUCACUGGUGGUAGCUCAGGAAUCGGAAAAGAAAUUGCCCUCGCCUUAGGUCAAGCCGGCGCAAAAAUCAUACUCAUUGCACGGAGAUCACAACCUCUAGCAGCGACAGUCGAUCAGCUCACACAACUUGGUGUCCCCGCGACGUCCAUCACGGCAGACCUCGCCAACCUAGCAGACCUCAACCACGCCAGCGCUCGCAUCAAGUCCGCGCACGGCAUACCAGACAUCCUCGUCAACGCAGCAGGCGUCAACAACCGCCCGCCAUUGUCACGAAUAACACAAGGAGACUGGGACUACACCAUCGCCGCGAACCUAACUGCCCCUUUUGCCUUAGGCCAAGCAUUCGGCCCGGGAAUGGCAGAGCGCGGAAGCGGACGCAUUAUCAAUCUUGCCAGCCAGCAGUCAUUCCGCGCAUUUGGUAACAGCGGUGCUUAUGGUGUAGCAAAAGGCGGUUUGGUGUCGCUUACGCGCUCUCAAGCCGAGGCCUGGUCACCGAGCGGGGUUCUGUGCAACGCCAUUGCGCCGGGACUCGUGGACACUCCGAUGACGGAAGAGGUUUUUUCGGAUACGGAGAAGGCGGAGACACAUGCGGCGCGGACAAUGACUGGACGUAAUGGCAAGGCCGAGGACUUUGCCGGAGUUGCCGUAUGGUUGGCGAGUGAUGCAAGUGCUACUGUCACAGGGCAAACCAUUUGCGUUGAUGGGGGGUACUCGGCUCAUUGA